UCGUCCCAGUGCCGCUGUCUUUUGCGAGGGUAUAAGAUGUGAAGUAAGACUUUGGCAAGCGUCAUGACUCGCCUCAACCAGUUGGAGCUAGAUGCUCGCCGAAGAAAAAUUGGCUGCAGGCAUUCAUGCCGCCCUCACCCCAAGAAAUAAAGGCACGGCUAGAUAAAGUUGUUGAUCAGGAAGGAAAUGUGCUGGAUAUGGCCUCAGUGUUGGAAAUCGUGUCUGUUCUAGAAAAAAUAUCAAUAACAAAGGAAGCACUAGAGGCCACAAGGAUAGGAAGGGUCAUAAACUUGAUGAGAAAAAAGACAGACAAUGAGGAUCUGGCAAAAAGAGCAAAAAGGCUUGUAAAGAAAUGGCAAAAGCUUGUCAGCAACCACUUCAAGAAUUUGGCAAAAUCCAUUGAGUUAUCUGGAAAUGGAGAUAGUGGAAAAUCCACACCAACCUCUCAGAUUAAUGGUGUUAUUAGGGAACAAGAAGAAAGACCAAAAUCUUGCACAGAAAUUCCAACGAAAAAAGGUAUAAAAAGAAGGCGUACAAGUGUAAGUGCUGAAAGUUCCCCAUUAAGCGACAAAGAUGUUGCAAAAUCAGAUAAUUCAAAAAAGUUAAACAAUGAUGGUAGUUUAAAGGAGGUAAAAAUUUUAAUAAAUGAUGAAUCAAGUUGUCAAUCUGCCAAAAGUUUUCAAAAUGGACAGCAUAAUGCUUUAGGUAUUAAAGUGAAUGUCCAGAAUUCAUCUCCAAGAGACUGUAUGUUAACUGAAAAUAAUAGGCUUAAAAAUGAAAAUUCAGCACCUGAAGCUAUCAAAUGUCAAAAUGGUGAUAAUUGUAAACAAGAAGAUGAUUGGAUUGCAGUUCCUGAGUGUACUUCAUCUAAACAAGAAUCUGUUGCAUUGUCUAAUAGCACUGUUCCUGUUGAACCCCCUUGUGACAUUCCAGAGGAAAGUUUAUCUGUGGAAAGAAAACAGUUGCCAGAAGAUUGUUUUGAUCCAGUUGCAGAAGCUGAUGGCAUUAAUGGUUGCUAUGAUAGAGAUGGUACAUGGUGUUCUUGGUCAGAAAGUUUCUCUCAGAAUAGUCAUAGUUUGUCAAUUCUUCCAUAUGUGAUGUUAGAAUAAAGGAAGUCUUUAUGGAUUGGGUCAAUAUCCCAGCCUGUCUAGAUGUCUACAAGACUAUGGUGAAAGUAUCUGUGGUUGAUCGAGUAUCUGGAUAUUUUAAGGGAGCACAAGCAGGUGAAUUAAGGGUUUCAAGCAGGGGAUGCUGGUGCUUUUGUGCAAAUCUUAAAUAUAUUUUCAUAUAAAUCAUGUUCAAGUCCAAUACAGAUUCCUUGAGAAUUUGGUGGAACUUCACAAUUCCUAGAGUGGUAUGGUAAAUUAAGGUGUUAAAUUUUCCAAAAUAAUUUUGUUUUUAUGCAUGCUCUAAGCCAGAAAGAAUAUUGAUGAUUAAUCACCAAUCUUCAUCAUUAUUAAAUGGCCAGCAAAUAUGCCUUUAAGUAAUAAUUCUUAUGGAAACUUUGAAAAGUAGUUUAAAGAUAUCAAGCUCUUUUCUUCUUUUAAAAAGCGAGAAGUAGCUAACAGCAGGUUUCAUCAAUGUUGAAGUUCCUUUUUUGAGCCAUAGGUAAUAGGUAUGUUAACCAUAGGUAUGUUAACAGUAUACUUGACUUAGUUUCAGUUUUAGUUAAGUCCUUUCAAUGAGAUUAUCUGUUAAUUCUGAUUUCAAGAAUAGUAUGUGCUCAAGUCCUUUCUUGUUGCAAUAUCUGCUUUAAGUUUUGUUUACCAGUUGGUUAUGUAUUCUAGAUGACAUUUAAUCCUACUCUAAAAAACAUUACAUUUGUGCAGAGUUAGUAUUUCUACUAGCAGUGAUAAUUUUCAUAAGCAAGCUCCCCCUUUCAGUUUCAAAUGCAUGAAUUAUAGCCAAAGACUACUAAAUGUAUUGAAAGGUUGCUGUCUAGUUAAAACGAUUCAAAAUGAAUGUCAUAUAUACUGUUUUCAUAUGAUCAUUAUUGCAAAUUGUUUCAUCCCCAAGCACCAUAAAAAUGUUAGAUUUUAUUUGCUUGAAGGAUUUUUUGGGUUUUACAGAUUCUUCUUUGACCACAUGUGAACACAAGUUUUCUGUCAAGGAAGUGAUGUAUUGUAGAAAUAAAGUUAUUUUGUUGAAAAUUUGUUAUUUGUAGCAACCUAGCAAUCAAUGCUAGGUCUUUUUGUUAAAAUAAGAUGGUGGAAUUGAAGAACAGGAUUACUUUUCCACAAGAAAAGGGACUUUAGUAUACUUUGUAAGUAGAACGCCCAGAAAUGCUCACAUAGAUUAAUAACUUAGUUGUUGUAUUUUCAUGAAGGAAAGUCAAUGGUA